GCCAAGUGAGGAGUCAUGGCGGGAGGUUUAAUCCUUCCAAGAUCUGUAUCUGGGAUUCAUCAUGGAGAUUUCUGAAGAUCAAAUCUAUCGAAUAUUUCAAUCUGUAGCGAUGGUACGCACUAUUCCUGUCAUGUCGUGAGAGGUUUUCAGAGUGUGUUGAUAUGUUGCAUAUCUGUUGCUGAGAUGAUUGCGUUUCUGUCAAGAGGUGUUAGCUAUGCGGUAGAAACCUUAACAUAUCACUCAAGUAUAUAUUUCCAUAUCUUCGCGGUCUUCUUUUCCUUUUCCAGUCAGUGUCCUGUCAUUUCUAUGUUCCCCCCACGACCGAUUUCUAGCUUACCCUCCUUCCGCAAUGAUUUCUUCUACGUCGCUUUGGAAUUUUUGUUUUGAUCCUCUAACUACAACAUCUUCGUCUCCUAGUCUACCCUACGAUUCACUGUCAUCUAGAAAAGUCUUCAAAAAUGGCAAUCGAAAAGGAGCCAGAAUACCCGCUCAAGCGGAUAGGGCCUAACGACUUCAUGACCGCUCUCAAGCAGAGCAAUGCAAAUGGCAAAGUUCCACUGUUUGUGGAUAUGACUGGGAGCAUGAGAGCGUACAUAUUAUAUAGAUACUUAAACCUUUUGUAGCAUCCAUUGUCGUGGUCUUUGUACUUAUGUUCUUCGGCAAGUUCUUCGGCAACCACCACGAAUUGUGCGCUUCAUCAAGAGGAUGAGAGAGUCACAAUCUUCGGUCAAAGACUGUCGCUCGUCUCUUUCGGAUCCUCGUUUUUAUCUCUGUAGCACUUUCCUCAUCUUCUGGCUCAAUUUCAUUCCCCCUUCUCUAACUACACAGCAAUUUCAGCUACCACGGUUACGACACCGUCUGUGAUGUUGGCGCCAUGGUUGCUUCUCGCGGGACUGGAGAACGUACUCAUAUGCACAGGGAUGGCAGCACUUCACGAACGGACAUCGGUGACGCCAUGCGCAGGGCUUACGUUGAGGGCGUGCAAAAGUCUAUGACCACACAGGAAAAAGUGUACUCAACAUGCUGCUCAGAUGAAAACUAGGCAGUAGUUCUCUACUUCGAGCGCACCUCCUGCUAGUUUCUUCAGUAUCUCAGUAUGUUGAGCACACUUUCUCCUUUCAUAGUACCUGGCGCAACGGUCUACAUUCUAGGGCAAAGCAUCCCACAAGAAUGGAAUACCUUUUGCACAAAAAAUGGUGGAAAGUUUGAUCAAGAAGCGGUCUUUGACAUUGGGUACAUGCGGAGCCAGGAGUGUUUUUCUAAGAUGAACAGUAUGGGCGGAGGACAGUCUUCAGCUGUACAGGGAAUCAACGGAAAUGGCCCCCACGCAUCAGCGGGUGUGUGCUUGUUAGUACAUGCGAGAUUGAGAUCAGACGUGGAUCGAAUAUUGAGGGCUGCGCAUGACACAUUUGGGGAAAAGACCUUUGCGACGCAGUUAGAUUUGCACGUGGUGCAGGCUGCUGGGUUUUCUUUCGCCUAGACUGUAGUGGAGCUUGAUGCUCAAUUCAAUGUAACAACUUGUGAUCCUCGAAGUGUGUGCGAUAAGUAUCAUACAGUUCGAAAAAAAUUCAGCAUGCACUAGGUAGUGUGUGCUGUUGAAACUGAAAGUACUACGUAUGUGUAUGUGCUGUUGGGAAAGGAAAAUGAAUACUUAGCAUAGAAGCUUUAAUGUGUAGGGAAUACUCAGAAGAAGGUUUAUGAAGAAUGCGAAAAAGACUUCUUGAUGCGGGAAUCAGUUAUAAUUUUUACAUCUUGGGCUUGUCUGACGUGCGCGUGCACGUCGACAUGCAUUGUCGCGGAUUUCCUUGAGG